AUGAGAUUGAAGGGAUCUAACAACAUUGAAGGAUCUGAUCAAAGCUUAAGAGAGUUUGCAGAUUGGUUAUUAAAGAUAGGAGAUGGAAAGAUCGGUGAGAUUUCUGAUGGUAUUGGUAGAAUCAAAAUUCCAUAUGACAUCUUGAUAAAAGAUUGGAUUAAUCCAGUUGAAGCUGUUGUAACAUCUACAUUUAAGAACUACAUUGAUGAUCCAGAUGAUGAGAAGAAUUUACAAGACAGAGCCGUAUUGGCACCAACACUUCAAACUGUAGAUGAGAUUAAUGAAUAUAUGAUGAAGAUUAAUCAAAGACAGCAUGUUUUUUACUUCAGUGCUGAUAUGGCUUGCAAGUCCGAGACACAAACAGAUGUUGCUGCAGCUGUUCACACCCCUGAAUUUCUCAAUGGUCUUAAGUCUUCUGGUCUUCCAGACCACAAAAUCAAAUUGAAGGUUGGUAUACCGGUUAUGCUUCUUAGAAACAUUGAUCAUUCUUCGGGUUUAUGCAAUAGGACACGGUUGACUGUUACUCAGCUAAGGAAACGAGUUACUGAAGCCCUAGUGAUUACCGAUAGUAAUGCAAGACAAAAAAUGUUCAUACCACGUAUGAACCUGUCCCCUUCUGAUCAUAGGAUCCCCUUUAAAUUUAACUGA